AUGGAUCGCGGUCACAAGGCUUAUGGCAAACAAUGGCCCCGAACUUUCAAUGUCCCACGAAGCUGCGGCGAUCAUCCCCUUUGCCAGGCCUUCAAAGAUGAUGAGAUUGCAGAAGAGCCAAACAACAACGACAGUAUCCGCGAUGAUGACGCAGACAGUCGAUCGGAUGACUUCUUGGACACAUUCUUUGGAGGUCUUGCUGGCUCCAUACCAUCAUGGGAAGCACAAGCCGUGGAAAAAUAUUGUUUGGAAGAGAAGACACAGUCAGCAACUAUACGUCAAUUCGAAACCUGGGCGUGGGUCGACGAUCGGGAAUUUCCGAGUGGACGAAACCGAGCAUACCCAAAAGGUCUGAGUGCAAAGGAACUACGUGCAGUGUUGCUACGGGACCGAUACGGACACCACGACUUGCCGAACGCUGAUCGACGGUUGAUAUACAUCUCCAAGCUUACUCCACGGUUCUUAAGCGUCUUAGCGGGAACUGCAUGGGGCCAUCAAGAAGAAGCGCUCCGUGAUGCUAUCUGCAAGCACAUUGCUUCGGAAACGUCGUUUCGAGUACACAUACCCAUGAAUGGCUUCAAGACCUAUCGUCUGGAAUUUCAUCUCGCAUACUUAGUAAUGCGCAAGAAAGACACCUUUGCUCGUUCAAGUGCUUCCGCGAGUGGUACACAAAGGAACCUCGCGACCGACCUAUCAUUCCUGAAUCCUUCAACUUCCAGUGGAGACGUACCUUCGUACUACAUGUACAAGGCACAUAUAAGCAUCGUCGUGUGUGGGUGGAGUGAUACCCAGUGGACUGGGUACGCCUUUGCCAACACAGGCCUUCCCGAGGAACCCUUUGUAGAACAAGACGAGGAAGAGCCAAAACAGGACCUCUUCGCGGCAGACAGAGAUGAUGACUGUGUCCAGGAUGCCGACGCGCCAAAUUGGGAUGCAAGAAAGUACUGGCUACAGAUAGUUGCGAUCAGGUGCGAAUUGAUCCGCAAGGAGUGGACGUUCUUGGUCCGUACCAUCGAAGAAAAAGUGCACAAGUCGGUAAGACCCAUACAUCCAUGA